GGUUUGAGUUUGAUCAUGUCACUUGAAUCUUUCGCGUUGAAUGGAUUUGCAAGUGCAGCCGGUAAUAUUGUAUCGGAUGGUAUUGAAGGACUUGUGAGUUUUGCGUCCGGCAAACUGCUAAGGACUUCUGAGCAUGACUAUGGGACAUUGAAAAGGGCAGCAGCAUUGCUUCAGGCUCAAAGAGAUGAUAAUGAGCGGAGAGUCCAGCAAAAUAAAACAAAAACAACCUCUAGUUAUUACAAUCAGUGGCUCAACAGUGUGAUGAUUAUUCUUGAAGAGGUGGAAACAUUAAAGGCUCAAUAUGAGCAAGAGAGGAAUCUGUUGUCAAAUGUUGUGAACAGAUCACAUAUUUUUGAGAGAGUGCAGCAGAUAUCCCAAGAAGUCCAUGUUCUUUUAAAACAUGGACAAUUUCAAGCAGGUUUUCUGGUUGAUAAACCUCCAGAUCCCAUUGUGAAGAUGAGUCCACCUGAUAUCAAGAUGUUUCAUACACUUCAAGAACAACUGGAAAAGAUCCUUCAGUUUCUAAGUACAGACAGGGUGUCCAUGGAGAGUAAUAAAGAGAUGUUGCAAUUGGAGAUUGCAAGGCGGCUUAAACUUAAUUUGCAAGAUAAGGGCCCCCUUGAUAGAGUUGCUGAAAGCAUAUCAGAAGAGUUGAAAGAUAAAAAGUAUUUGCUCCUUCUGGAUGAUGUGAUGGACUUCAUUGAUCUGCAAGCAAUUGGAAUCCCUGGGAAUAACAAUGGUAGCAAGGUUGUAUUGACAACUGAAUUUCGUCACAUUUGCCAUUCCAUAGCAGACAAAAUGGUCAAAGUUAAUCCAUUAUCUUCAGAUGAAGCUUGGCUAAUGUUUCAACAAAUAGUAACUGACAAAAUUGAUCUCCCAGAUGUUGAACCAGUUGCCCAACAAGUAGCCGAGGAAUGUGAUGGACUCCCACUCUUAGUCAACAUAGUGGCCAAUUCCUUCAAAUUGAAAAACAGUGUUGAUGAAUGGAGAAAUGGUUUGGAAGAGCUCCGAAAUUGGUCAGAAGUUGAGAUCCCAGGUUUGACAGAAAUACAUACAUUCAUAAAGUUCUGUUAUGAUGACUUAAAAGAUGAGAAAAAAAGGAUAUGCCUGCUAUAUGUUGCAUUACAUCUAGCUGACACUAUGAUAUCCACAGAUUAUUUGGUCAAAUGUUGGGCAGCUGAAAGGUUCCUUGGCAGUAUUGAUGACAGGAGGAGCUUCCGCACAGCAUGUGAUAAGGGAUAUGCCAUAUUGGGGCAUCUAUCUAAUGUGUCAUUACUACAUACAGAUAAAAAGAUGGAACAUGUCCACGUGAGCAACAUGGUGCGUCAAGUUGCCUUUCAUAUAUCCUCAGAAGAGAAUGACUGUAAGUUUCUAAUUGGAGAGACCAAAACUUCAACAGCAUCGCUAGAGGUGAAUGAUUGGGAACAAGCAAAAAGGAUAUUUAUGAUUGACACAAAACUAGAUCACUUGCCAAACACCCCAAGAUGCAGCAUGCUUUUGUCACUACUUUUACAAAAAAAUCCUGACUUGAAAACAAUUCCUCCAUUAUUCUUUAGGACCAUGAAGAAGCUCUUGGUUUUGAAUUUGUACAGCACAGGAAUUGGGAGUCUUCCACCAUCCUUUGAAUGCCUGACUGGACUUAAGGCACUCUUUUUAAACAAUUGUACCAGUUUGACAAGCUUGCCUCUUCAAAUCGAAAAACUUUGUCUUCUUGAGGUGCUUGACAUUCAAGGCUGCAAGAUAAUCUUCAUACCACCUUCAAUCGGGAAGCUAGUUUAUCUGAGGUGUUUGAAGGUUUCAUACUAUAAACCAAGCUCUCAAAAUGGUUGUGAAGAAUUGGAGGUGGAUUAUAAUGUGAUUUCAAGACUUUCCAGAUUGGAAGAACUGGAAAUUGAUGUGAUCUCUUGUGCUCAGUGGUGCAUUGAGGCAACCAAUAUUAUUCUGCAUGUCAUUGCUUCCUUGGAGAAGCUAACUUCUCUCAAAAUUUAUUUUCCAAAAUUGGAGCUCCUUCAAAAUUUGUUGGAAAACAAGACAGAAUGGCAAGGCCGACAAAAGUUGACUUCAUUUUGGUUUUUUGUUGGGCGCCCAAGUAGUAACCCUCCUGAAAUUCUUGAUUGUUUCAAUUACAAAAUAAAUAGAUACUUGAGAUAUUGUCACAAUGGAAAUGAUCACAGUUCCACCAUUUCUAAUGUGUUUCCAGAAACAGAUGCACUAGAAUUGAUUGGUCAUGACAAUAUUAGAUGUCUGUUAGACUUUAUACAAGCCCCAGGCCUAAAUAGAGUUCGUGGUUGCCUAGUUGAAGGAUGCAAUAGCAUGGAACUUGUUGUGGAUGACAAUAAUGCAAGAGAUACGAACAUCCUAUCAUCCUUGGAACAGUUGCAUUUAAGGAACUUGCCAGUUUUGAGAAGCAUUUUGGAGGGCCCAAUUUCAGAACGAAGUCUCUCAAAACUACAUACCAUAGUAGUUGAAAGUUGCCCAAUGUUGACAAAAAUAUCCUCUGAUGGUUUGAUAUUCGCAACAAUCAAAAAACUUGUCAUUCAAAAUUGCUCCAAGAUUGAAGUAUUGAUUAUGAAUACUGGGGGUUAUGGAUCAAUGCAAAAUUUAGAAAUUCUGGAACUUCUGGACAUGGCACAAUUUAGAACCAUAAGUGAAGACACAUCAUUGGCAUGGUCCCAGUUAAAGGAGCUUCACAUAUACAAGUGUCCUGAGCUGAAAAUGCUUCCUUUCAAGAAAGGAAAUGCUAAAGAGUUAAAGUUGAUUAAAGGCGAACAAACCUGGUGGGAUGCCUUGGAAUGGGAAAAUAAUGAGAUAAGAGAACACUUCCAAUCAAUUUACAUUCCCAAGGUGAGUGUUUUUCUUAGAGGCCCUGCUUAGGAGUUAGGAGAAAAGGUAGAAAGAGAAAAGGAGAGAAAGCUGCUGCAAUAAUAUUCAUUGGCCUUUCUGAAGCCUAAUAAUCCUUAAUUCCACCUUUCUAUCAUUUUUGCUGUUUCACUUCCCUGUCCUGUUUUGAUCAUGUUUGCCCUAUUAUGUCUCGUUGGGAACUUGUGCAGACCAGUCAUGGUAUUAUGUUUUCUUAUAUGAGAGACUUCGGUGUGUUGUUUGGUCUACUUAUUGAGAGAUUUAGAAUCAUUACUUCUUGGAUUGGUGUGUGUAAUUCAGUUAUCAGAUCAUCAACAACUUUUCUUGCUUAGUGUUGUUUGGACUACUUAUUGAGAGAUUUAGAAUCAUUACUUCUUGUAUUGCUGUGUGUAAUUUAGUUAUCAGAUCAUCAACAACCUUUCUUUCUUUAGAUUUUAAAGAGAUUUAGAAUCAUUACUUCUUGUAUUGCUGUGUGUAAUUCAGUUAUCAGAUUAUCAUCAACUUUUCUUGCUUUAGACUUCAGAGAGAUUGAA